UGAAAUUAGCGAGCUUUUUUGCUAUAUAUUCUACGGCAGGGUGGGGGAGAGAAGGAUCACAAUCUUUGCAAAAACAAAGAAACGGUCUGGUUGAGAAUUUCGGUUCUUUAGGUUUGUAUUCUUGCUGUUUGGGAGGAAGAAAUUAUGGGGCUUUUAGAUAAGCUUUGGGAUGAUACAGUUGCAGGCCCACAGCCUGAUAAUGGCCUUGGUAAACUUAGGAGGAGUGCCACCAUCAACAUUCCUGGUCAUUCAUCUUCACCAGAGAGUGAAGAGACUUUAAAAAGAACGAGGCAGCGCAGGGCAAGUGCAGAAAUAUUGAGAUCAGAUGAAGAGGCAGCACAAGUAACCCGGAGCAUCACAAUGGUGAAGCCUCCAUAUGGACGCCCGCUAUCUGUGGACACUUCUGAAGUACCCUCUUCACCUUCAAGCGCCAGCCCUCCUGUUUCACCUUUUUCAUGGACACCACGAGAGCGAGAAAAUCCAUGGAGAACCCCUAGAACCCCAACAAAAUUGGGAUCUGAAAAAAGAGAGAAAGCAGAACCCAGAAGCCCAACUGUGUAUGACUGGGUAGUGAUCAGUGCUUUGGACAGAUGAGUAACGAUCAAAGUUUUGAUGGUGAUUGCACUAUAAUGCCCAUUUUCAAGUUGCCUUAACUGGGCCCUCUUAACUGCUGCUGCCUAAUGCGUCCUCCUCCAUCCACUGUAGAUAGAUAAUAGUCUACAUAGGUAAAUCUAUGUACAAAGUUUGCAGUUUGUGGGUUUUCAAAUGGGUUGAUGAUGUUAUUAAGUUUUAAAGCAUUUCUCUGCUGAGGAUAAUGUGACCCAUAAAAGUAAAAUAAAUUGGGUCACAGCGACUAUGAGAGAGAAUAGUAGUUAGGUAAGAUGUCACAUCUGUUUUAUGGAGAUUGGGUUACAGUUUUGGAAUCCCAAAAUUAUACGUAAUGUGGCACAAGUAAUAUAGUGUCCCUCCCUGUACAUAUGUACUCUCAGCUUGUAUAUGAAUCCUUGAAAAGAAUUAGAUUCCAAUCCAGUCAAUUUGCCUUUGCUGUUAUCAAAGGUUUUAA